AUGACCACGAUUCCUUCUCAAAGCCUCAUCAGACAGCAGUUUUAUGGUAGUUAUUGUGAGGGUUUUGGUCUUGGUCUUGUGAGCCUCUCAGAUGGUUUUGAUUAUUGUAGUGAAACUUGUUUGUUAGGAUCUGAUCACCAGCUUGAUCUUAUGGCGGAAGAUGAAUCAAGAACUGCGAGUACUGUAAACGAAACUGCAGGCUACAGUCUAAAAGAUGUUCAACAAGAUAAAGAUAAAGGUUGGCUUCAAUUAAGUAUUGGUGGCCACACAGUAAGCAAUAAUAAGAAGAAAGAUCAGGCGGAUCAAAGAGGGAGAUUAGUCGAGCUUGAUCUUCUUCCAAGUAGUAAUUAUAAUUCUGAUUCACAAGUGAUGAAGACAGUAGGUCAUAUGCUUACCAUGCCGGAAUAUCCAGCUCCUCAGCCGACAGUUAUGAAUUUGGUCGCCGGUUCAGGCUAUAACCUCCCAUUUCUCUGUCAACAUCCGGCCGGAACUAGUUCUAAUUUUCCUCGUCAAGAGAUUAACUGGGCGUUUAGGCCUAUUCCAGUUAAUACAGCAACAUCUUCGUCAUCAAUGCCCCCAAUUCCAUUUCUACCCCAUGCCGGAAUGGACAUCUCAGGGCCAGCUCUUGAUUUCAGAGUCAUUUAUCCUCCUCGGAGACCACAUUCCGGCAUAUGGUUUAUGCUUCAAUCAUUACAAAAUCAAGCAACAGAACCACUUUUGCCUCAGAUAUCCAGGAGCUAUAUAAGAAUCAAGGAUGGAAGUGUGACGAUUCAAAUCGUAAUUAAGUAUCUGGUAAAUAAGCUUAGACUCGAAAGCGAAUCAGAGAUAGAGAUAACAUGUAAAAGGCAAAAGCUUCAACCUUUCUUGACGUUGCAGCAUGUUAGGGACAACAUAUGGAGAUCAAUGGAGUUGGUAACUUUGCUUCCAGAUUCCUCGACUACUGAUCAUAUAAUGGUGCUACACUAUGGAAGAAAAAGUGCUUAA